AUGGCUCCGCUUCAAUUUGGCUACUGGGCUCUUCGUGGGUUGGGACAGCCAAUCCGUCUCCUGCUUGAGUAUGUUGGAGAAGAUUAUCAAGAAAAGAGAUUCCAAAAAGGUGAUAUGGAAGAAUGGAAAAAAUUGAAAUACAAUCUUGGCAUUGGCUUUCCUAACAAACAUGGUCUUGGAGGCAAGGGCGCAAAGGAGCAGGCUAAAAUCGCCAUGGCUGAGGCCGCGAUCAAAGACUUGCGAACUACUUUUGGCUGCAUUGCUUACAGCCCGAACUAUGAAAAAGAACGACCAGAGUUUAUGCCCAAAUAUGAAAAGGGCAUCGAAGAUAUUGCAAAUUAUCUCGGCAAUAAGAAGUGGCUAAUGGGUCACAGCAUCACGUACGUGGACUUUCUACUCUACGAGAACCUCUGCGUUUUCCAAAUUUUCGAGCCGUCCACCUUUAAGAAGCACCCUAAUCUCAAGCAGUACGUCGAACGCUUUGAGGCACUGCCUAAAAUUAAGACAUAUUUGGCCUCGAAACGGUUUAUCAGUUGGCCUCUCAAUGGAUGGUCUGCAACUUUCGGCGGUGGUGACGCUCCUCCAAAGUAA